AUGACUGUCUCGCCCGUCUUUGAACUCGUACGUCUCCGUCUCUGACCCUGCUGGGAUGUCAAACCUCCCCCGAUGAGGCGGUGAACGCGUCCGCGGAGAUCCCAAUCUAUCGACGCGCCGCAACGUGUCCGAGCAGUUUGAGCUGAGCCAACUCAUGUCCCGUCCCUUGUGGAUUCGUGCAGGUCUGCGGCGCCCAGAGUUACGACUGGGGCAAGCUUGGUAAAGUGAGUCAACCCCGGCGUCCAGAGCAGUGCAUAUAUGAAAUGCAGUCUGAUCCUGGCGCGCCGAUGGUCAUCUGCAGGACGGCUCCAAGGUCUCGCAGUUCGCUCAGGGCUUGCCCGACUUCAAGUACGACGAGGACAAGCCUUAUGCCGAGGUUCGUCACGGAACGAGUAUAAAUGAACAUGCAUAAACAGUUCGGAAGCUGAUGAUGUACCGAUGCUCCGUCAGCUCUGGAUGGGCACCCACCCGUCGUGCCCCUCGACCCUGCUCGAGACUAAGGAGAACCUCAAGCAAUACCUCAAGCAACACCCCGAACUGCUCGGUGAGAAUGUCGUCAAGCAUUUUGGUGACGACUUGCCCUUCCUCUUCAAGGUGCGUUUUGCCGUUUGAUGUGGCAGAUACCCCAGGAACGGAUGUCUGGCCCCACGCUGACCUCGGUGUUCGAUCGUCUCAUGCUCAGGUGUUGGCGAUCCGAAAGGCGCUCAGUAUUCAGGCCCACCCCGACAAGAAGCUUGCCAAGAAGCUUCACGAUGAGCGGUCCGACAUCUACAAGGGUCAGUCCCGAGGCAGGCGUAUCGCUGCUCGAAUCACUGCAAAUUGCUGACUCGCGACUUGGCUUUUCUCGAUCCAGACCCCAACCACAAGGUGAGUCAGUUCAAACACACGAUAUGGUAAUCUUUUCAGACUAGCACCUAAUCCUUUGAUUAUGCGUACUCAGCCCGAGAUGGCCGUUGCUCUGACUCCCUUCUCUGGCUUCUGCGGGUUCCGACGGCCCUCCGAGAUCGCAUCGUUUCUCUCCAGCGUCCCCGAGUUUGCUUCGGUUGUCGGGGACAAGGUUGCGGAAUCGUUCCGAUCCAAGUUCGGUGACAACGCGUCCCCUUCCGAGGAGGACAAGAAAUCCGGUCUCAAGGAUCUCUUCUCGGCCUUGAUGAAAGCCGACGAGGCCAACGUGAAGACCCAGGUCGAAAAGCUGGUCGAGCGUCUCGCCAAGGAGAAGAACCAGACGGAGGAGACUCGUUUGGUCGCCACCCUCAAUAAAGACUUCCCCGGAGAUGUCGGCAUCUUCUGCACCUUCUGCCUCAACAUUGUUCGCCUCAAACCGGGAGAAGCUGUCUUCCUCAAGGCGAAUGAACCCCAUGCCUACCUCGACGGAGGUGUGUGGACAGCUCCCGUUGCAGCGCCAGGUUUUGUUUGCUGACAAUCGCGCGUCAUACUGAUCCAGACAUCAUGGAGUGCAUGGCCACCUCCGACAACGUCGUCCGAGCCGGUUUGACCCCCAAGCUCCGAGAUGUCCCCACCUUGACGACGAUGUUGACCUAUACCUCUUCGCCGCCGUCCGAGCAAAUCCUCCCCCCCGUCAAGUUCCGCUCGACGCAACACACGACCUUGUACGACCCCCCGAUCGAGGAGUUCUCUGUUUUGUUGACCGUGCUUGAGCAAGGUCAAACAGAGAAGUUCGAGCCGAUCGAUGGCCCGAGCAUCUUGAUCUUCACUGAAUUGCAAGGUGAUGCAUCGGCUGAGUUGAAGGUCGGCCAAGAGAAGGGAAGCGACGUAACGAGGACGGGUCAAGUGUUCUUUAUUGGUGCGGGCGUGGAAGCUGAGAUUGAGGCGACGGGUGGUAAGGUCGUGGCUUACAGGGCUUUCGUCGAGGCGCCUUGA